CCCUCGCCCUGCCUUCCUCUCCACCCCGUCCCUCCACCGCCCGUCACUGCCUCUGCCUCCUACUCUCGUCCACCUCUCGCGUCCGUGGCCUCGUCAGCUCCUCUUGCCCACCGGCCUGCCGUCGCCGCCCGCGCUCUGCCGCGUCUCGCAAGCCGUCCGUCGCCGACGCGCGCCUGAGCAGCCCCUCGACCCGCUGUCACUGCACCGCGUCCCGCACUCGAGAUGGCGCCCGCUCCCCAGCCGGCCGCCCGUCGCGUCCCUGCGGCGCGCACCACGCGCUCCACCACCGCCGGCGGCCGCGCCACGCGCGCCAACACGGCCGGUGCCGCCGCCGCUGGAUCGUCGUCCGUCGCCGAGGGCAAGCAGGCCGUGCUCGACGGCAAGGCGGCCGCGUCGAGCACCGGCGACGAGGCCACGACGCGCGGCGGCGCAGGCGUGCUCGGCACGCGCAAGCGGCCGGCACUUGGUGACCUGACCAACGCAAAGGCCUCGAGAGCCAAUGUCGCCGGUCCGAGCGGCGCAUCGGGUCUCGAGAAGCGCGCGGCGACUACGAGCGGCACGACACUCAAGGAGGCCGGCACGAGCCGAGUUCGUGCGGCACCGGCAGCAGCAUCGACCACAGCAACGACCAAGGUCCGCGCCGCCACGUCUGCCUCUGCCAGCUCUCGCACCGCAGCAGGCGUCCGUGCCGGCACCGUCAAGCGUGAGCCCAUCGACGACACGCGCGUCACGAAACGCCCGCGCGUCGACGUGGCUGCGGCGGCGCACCAGGCGCACCUGCUGGCUCAGCAGGCCAGCGUGCCCGUCGGCCACGCCCAGGCAAAAGACGAGGGAUGGGAGGACCUCGACGCCGAAGAUGCAGACGACCCGCUCAUGGUCGCCGAGUACGUCAACGAGAUCUUCGUGUACAUGAAGCAGCUCGAGGCCGACUACAUGCCAAGCCCCGACUACAUGGCGUCGCAGCGCGAGGUCGACUGGCAGAUGCGCGGCGUGCUCGUCGACUGGCUGAUCGACAUCCACGGCAAAUUCCGUCUCCUGCCCGAGACUCUCUUCCUGACGCUCAACAUCGUCGACCGCUUCCUCUCGCGCCGCAUCAUCAGCCUGGCCAAGCUGCAGCUCGUCGGCCUCACCGCCAUGUUCGUGGCGGCCAAGUACGAGGAGGUGCUGUGCCCCAGCAUCGGCAACUUCAUCUACAUUGCCGAGGGCGGCUACACCGACGAGGAGAUCCUGCGUGCCGAGCGCUACAUGCUCAAGAUCCUCAACUUCAACCUCAGCUACGCCAACCCGAUGAAUUUCCUGCGCCGCAUCUCCAAGGCGGACAACUACGACAUCCAGACGCGCACCGUGGCGAAGUACUUCAUGGAGAUCUCGCUCGUCGACCACCGCCUGCUGGACCACUCGCCGUCGCUGAUCGCCGCCGCCUCUGCGUGGCUGGCGCGCAAGUGUCUCGAGCGUGGCGAGUGGAACGCCACGCUGGUGCACUACUCUUCGUACUCGCAGGCCGAGCUCCUCGGCACCGCCGAGCUCAUGCUCGACUACUGCCUGCGCCCCUGCGUCCACACGGCCUUCUUCAAGAAGUACAGCAGCAAGAAGUUUAUGCGUGCGAGCACGUACGUGUCGAACUGGGCGCGCACCAAGUACCCCACGGAGGCCGACGAGGCGCAGCCGCUCUGCAGCGCCAAUCCCGACGGCGACGAUGAUGUCUGCAUCAUCGACCUCUACGCCGACGAGGGCGUGGAGCGCCCCGCCGGCGGCAGCCAGUGGGGCGCGCAGAGUCGAGGCAACACGGCAAGCGUGGCCAGCCGCGCAAACACGCCGCUCCUCGACUGCAGCCGUGACUUUGACCAGGAGGCGGAGCUCGACGACGACGAGUGAGGCGCACGGUCACGCCAACGCUUUGGAGCUCAUCGCCGUCGCCGUCGUCGGCUGCGAAUCAUCCCACCCUUUGUCCUCGGCAUGCAUCCCUCAUCUUCCGCGCGCCCGACUGCGCCACUCGCGACGCAAGCGCAAACAUCCUCUCUCUCCCCCCCGGUCUCACUUCAGCGCACCCGUCACAUCUACACAUCUCCUCCCUCCACUCACGUCUCUCGCAUACAUCCCUUUCUCGUCACUUCGCAGAGCACUGCUCCCUUGAGCCACGCUCUCGCUCUUCGUCUUCCCAUCUUUUGCUCCCUUUUUCCUUUCGUCCCCUUCUCGCGCUCGUCUCCCAGCCAUCCUCACCCC